AUGGGAAACUCUGCUAAACAGGUUUCAAAAGAAUCAAACACCAAAUCUGGAAAAUUUGGAAAAUUUAUCAAAAAUUCAAGUAAUAAAUUAAAAAGAUCAUUUGAUGUAUUCAAUAAUAAAAAUUAUGAAAAUCAAUAUGAAACUUUAGAUGAGUUAGAAAAUGGGAAUGAAGAUUAUGAAGAUGAUGAAGAUCAAUAUGAUGACCAAGAUGAUGAGGAUGAAAGAGAUCGUAAAAAAAUUAAACAAAGUGUGGAUUUAGUUGAUGAUUAUAAUAAUGAUUCUAAUAAUGUUGUACUAGUGGAUGAUGAUAGUGAUGCUGAUUAUGAAACCAAACAAAAUGGAGAAUCAGUUAAAGAAGUGAUACCCAAAGAACAAGAACCCCAAGAAGAAGAAGAAACAAACACAACAAUCAAAACAGGUAAUGAUCUUGAUGAUAAUAAUGAUUUCAUUUCAUUAAAUUUUUCAGAUUCAGAUGAUCAAGAUGAUGAACAAAGUGAAUUAGAUAAUGAAGAAGAUGCAUAUUCAAUGGAUGAUGAUGAAUCAAAUCCAAAUAUUGGAGGUACAAAAAUAAAAAAUGAUGUUCCAUGGAUUAAAAAUCAUGAUCAUUCAACUCAAAAAGAAAUUGCUGAUUGGUUAACUUUAGAAAUUAAAGAUUUUAUUGCAUAUAUUUCUCCAUCAAAAGAAGAAAUUGAAUUAAGAAAUAAUACUGUACGGAAACUUCGAGAAGCUAUUAUGGAAUUAUGGCCAGAUUGUGAAGUUCAUGUUUUUGGAUCUUAUGCAACAGAUCUUUAUUUACCAGGUUCUGAUAUUGAUAUGGUUAUUGUUUCAGAACAUGGUGGUUAUGAAUCAAGAAAUUCUCUUUAUUCAUUAUCUUCAUUUUUAAAAAGAAAAAAUUUAGCUAAAAAUGUCGAAGUUAUUGCAAAAGCAAAAGUUCCAAUUAUUAAAUUUACUGAAUCUACUUCAAAUAUUCAUAUUGAUGUUUCAUUUGAAAGAACUAAUGGUAUUGAUGCUGCUAAAACUAUACGGUCUUGGAUCACUGAAACUCCAGGGUUAAGAGAAAUUGUAUUAAUUGUUAAACAAUUUUUAUCGUCAAGAAAAUUAAAUAAUGUUCAUGUUGGUGGUCUUGGUGGCUAUUCAAUUAUUUGUCUUGUUUAUUCAUUUUUAAUUUUACAUCCAAGAUUAUCAACUGGUAAUAUAUCACCUUAUGAAAAUUUAGGUGUGCUAUUAAUUGAAUUUUUUGAAUUAUAUGGUAAAAAUUUUGGUUAUGAUAAUGUUGCAAUUUGUGUUGAACCUGAUAAUGUUUGUUAUUUAAAUAAAAAAUAUUAUCCAGAUUUACAAGGUCGUUCAUCAUUUGCAUUAUCUAUUCAAGAUCCUUCAGAUCCUUCAAAUAAUAUAAGUAGAGGUUCUUUUAACAUUAGAGAUAUUAAAAAGGCAUUUGCAGGUGCUUAUGAAUUAUUAACUAAUGGAUGUUAUGAUUUAGAUACAGCAACUUAUAAACAAAGAAUUGGGAAAUCUAUAUUGGGUAAUGUUGUUAGAUAUAAAGGUGCAGCAAGAGAUUUUAAUGAUGAAAGAAGUUUAGUUAUUAAUGAAGCAUUAAAUGAUGAUGGUGCAAGUAUUGUAUCAAAAAGUAAAGUAUAUUUUUCUGAACAAGAUCUUUCAUCUGAUGAUGAUUUUGUUCCUUUAAAAACUAAAGAAUCCAAAACUAACAAACCAAAGCCUAAUGUGGAUAAAUUAAUGGGAUUAGAAGAUGAAGAUGAUGAUUCAAGUAAUGAUGAAAAAUUAAACAAUAAGAUAAAGAAGAAAAAUUCAAAUUCAAGUUUGACUAGAGAUGAAAGAAGAGAUUUUUGGUUACAAAAGGGUAAAUCAUUAACAUAA